AACACCACAAAUUCGUCACAGGCUCAGACCAAUGCUGGUCGUUCAUGGAACAGUGGUUGUGUUUAUGUAUGUGUAUUGUGAAAUAUAGCGUUGAACAACGAUUAUUUAUGUACGAUACCUUCCAAAGUAAUUGACAAAAAGUGGUGUUUAGUGCAACGGGAUCUGUGUUGGACAAAAACAUUUCCUGAAAAAGAUACUAAUCGAAGAAACUCGAUUAUAUUGACGCUGGACUAGAAGCAAGCCUGAAAAAUUCGGAACGUCAAGAAGUAGGCGUACGACCCACAACUGAACAUGGACAGCUAUUCCAAGUUAGUUACAUUUAUUGGAACUAUGAAACUGGAUUACUAGUGUUCUUGUAUGCCACUUUUCUUAUACAAGUUACAAACCAUUGUGUGUGAUGAACGAGUUUUAAACUCACAAAAGAUUGAGCAUUGUCUUCCAACAAGAGUGCCAAAAAUUAUAUUGCAGACAGCUGAAGAAAUAAUUCUGUGUCCGAAUGAGACCUUGCAGAAUGUUGAUAGAAUCAAAGUACAAAAUGAUGUGGAUGUUGUGAGUAAAGAAGAUUCCAUUGGUAUAGAAACUGCUGAAGUUUAUACACCAUCAGCAUUUUCCAUGAAAAUGUCUGACCCUGAGCAGAAUGUUGAUGAAAUCAAAGUAGAAAAUGAUUUGGAUGUUAUGAGUGAAGAAGAUCCCAUUGGUGUGAAUACUGAUGAGGUUUACAUACCAUCACCAUUUUCCAUAGAAAAGGCUGAACCUCAGAACUGCAUGGAUUUAAUGAAAGUUGAACCUUGUUCGGAUAGUGAGAUCUGUUAUAUUGGAAAUCAGGUCAUUGAUAUAAAAGCUGAGGAUCUCACAGAUGUACAAGAGGAUGAAGAUCCUAUGCUAAUACCUAUUCCAGUAAUAAAGGCUGAACAGGAGGAGAGUCCUCUGAUUGAACAGCAAAUAAUGCAUGAUGAGGGGCAUCUACAUUCCUCUGAAGUGUGCAGUAAUUCAUUUAGUCUGACUACUCAUCCGAAGAAACAUCAGGAUUUGCUUAGUGGGGAGCUUCCGUAUGCCUGUGAUGUGUGCAGUAAAUCAUUCAGUACAAGCAAACAUUUGAAGAGACAUCAAUACAUACAUAGCGGGGAGCAUAAAUAUGCCUGUGACGUGUGUAAUAAGUCAUUCACUAAGAUGAGUAAUCUGAAGAGACAUCAACAGAUACACAGUGGGGAACGUCCCUUUGCCUGUGACGUGUGUCGUAAAUCAUUCAGUGACAGGAAUAAUUUGAAAACACAUCAGCGCAUACAUAGCGGAGAACGUCCAUAUUCCUGUGACAUGUGUAAUAAAUCAUUCAGUCUAAGUAGUUACCUGAAGAAACAUCAACACAUACACAGUGGAGAGCGUCCAUAUGCGUGUGAUGUGUGUAAUAAAUCAUUCAAUGAGAGAAGUAAUCUUAAAGCACAUCAACGUGUACAUAGUGGGGAGCGGCCAUUUGCCUGUGAUGUGUGUAAUAAAUCAUUCACUCGGAGGAGAGAUGUGAAGGUACAUGAACGCGUACAUAGUGGGGAACGUCCAUAUACGUGUGAUAUGUGUAAUAAACCAUUCAGUACGAAGGUUGUUCUGAUGACACAUCAACGCAUACAUAGUGGGGAGCGUCCAUAUGCAUGUGAUGUGUGUAAUAAAUCAUUCAGAGACAGGGGAAAUCUGAAGACACAUCAGCGCAUACAUAGUGGAGAGCGUCCGUAUUCCUGUGAUGUGUGUAAUAAAUCAUUCGGUAUGAGUAGUCAUCUGAAAAAACAUCAACGCAUGCACAGUGGAGAGCGUCCGUAUGCCUGUACUGUAUGUAAUAAAUCAUUCAGUACAAAAGAUAUUCUGAUGACACAUCAGCGCAUACAUAGUGGGGAGCGCCCAUUUGCCUGUGAUAUGUGUAGUAAGUCAUUCAAUGAGAAGAGUAAACUAAAGACACAUCAUCGCAUACAUAUCAUACCCAGUGGAGAGCGUCCAUAUACCUGUGACGUGUGUUAUAAAUCUUUCAGUCGGAGGAGUCUUCUGAAGACACAUGAACACAUUCAUAGUGGGGAACGUCCGUAUGCCUGUGAUGUGUGUAAUAAAUCAUUCAGUGACAAGAGUUAUCUGAAGACACAUCAGCGCAUACAUAGUGGAGAGCGGCCAUAUUCCUGUGAUAUGUGCAAUAAAUCGUUCAUUCUGAGUAGUCAUCUGAAGAAACAUCAUCGCAUACAUAGUGGUGAGCUUCCAUAUGCGUGUGAUGUGUGCAAUAAAUUGUUCAGUGAGAAGGGUAAUCUGACUAAACAUCAACGCAUACAUAGUGGGGAACGGCCAUAUGCCUGUAGUGUGUGCAGUAAAUCAUUCAAUCUGAAUAGUCAUCUGAAGACGCAUCUGCGUAUACAUUGUGAGGAUCGUACUUAUUCCUGUGAUGCGUAAUAAAUUAUUCAGUUGAAGAAGUUAUCUGAAGGUACAUCAGUACAUACAUAGUGAUGUGCAGCCAUGUUAUGUGUUCAGUAAGUCAUUUAAUUGGUUUGUUUUUGUAGCCACAGAUGGUAGGAUAAUAUUAAAAUGGUUCUUAAGGACAUAGCAUAUAAGAGUGUUAGCUGGAUUGAUAUCACCGACGAUAAGGACUGGUGGCAGGUUCUGUGAACACACUAAAUGAAUCUUGGUUUUCUUAAAAUGAAAUUUUUUAAUCAGCUGACUUACUGUUAACUUUUUGGUAUCAUUAAUAAAAUGAAACAUAGGUGAACUUUUAAAGCAAACUUA